AAAAGAUUGUUUCUUUCUGGAGUUUGUGGUCUUCUGGGUGUAUUUGGUGAAUACAAAAGCUUAAAGCGAAGAAAAAACCAAACAGAAAGUUCAGUCAUGAAGUUUAUGAAACUCGGAUCCCGGCCUGACACUUUCUACACUGCCGAUGGUGUAAGGUCUGUCUCUUCCGAAGUCUCCAGUGACCUUAUAAUUCAAGUGAAAGGAAGUAGAUAUAUGCUUCACAAGUUUCCUCUGUUGCCGAAAUGUUUGCGGUUGCAGAGGAUAUGUUCCGAAUCCCCUGAAACAUUGCAGCACCAAAUUGUUCAAUUACCUGAUUUCCCUGGUGGAAUUGAUGCGUUUGAGCUUUGUGCUAAGUUCUGUUACGGUAUCACCGUAACUCUCAGCGCUUACAACAUCGUCGCCGCGAGAUGCGCGGCCGAAUAUUUGCAGAUGACUGAAGAUGUCGAAAAGGGGAACUUAGUUUGCAAGCUCGAAGUUUUCUUCAAUUCCUGCAUCUUACAUGGUUGGAGAGACUCUAUUGUGACUCUUCAAAGCACCAAAGCGUUCCCUUUAUGGUCGGAAGACCUUCGGAUUACGAGCAGAUGCAUUGAGGCCAUUGCUUCAAAAGUUUCGACACACCCUUCGAAGGUGAGCGUAUCGCAUAGUCAGUCGAGGAGGGUUCGAGACGAUAUAUCGUGUAAUGGAAAAGACAGCGAUCGGCAGAAGCCUAUGAAGAAAGGUUGGUGGGGUGAGGACAUUACCGAAUUGGAUAUUGAUCUUUACUGGAGAACCAUGAUUGCAGUCAAAUCUGAUGGGAAAAUGCCCUCUAAUCUCGUUGGUGAAGCAUUGCAAAUCUAUGCAUCUAGAUGGCUGCCUUACAUAUCAAGAAAAGUAAAAGCUAACAAAGAAGCAGCAGCAUCUGACUCGGAUUCGGACUCGGCUACUGAGGUUACUUCAAAGUCAAGGCUGCUGUUGGAAUCAAUAGUGAGUUUACUUCCAUCGGAGAAAGGCUCAGCUUCAUGCAGUUUUCUACUUAAGCUCUUGAAAGCAGCCAUCAUUCUUGAUGUAUCGUCUUCUUUGAAGAUGGAAUUGGCUCGAAGAGUGGCACUUCAGUUAGAGGAGGCAAGAGUCAGUGAUUUGUUAAUACCUUCUUUGUCAAACUCAAGCACUACCCUCUAUGAUGUAGACAUAGUCCUCACCAUUCUGGAGCAAUUCAUGUCACAAAGACAGAGUCCACCUACUAGUCCUCCGAGAUCGAAGCUGGUGUCUGAAAGAAGAAGGAGGCGGUCUCGUUCAGCCGAGAACAUCGAUUUUAAGCUUCAGGAAAGUAGGAGGUCUUCUUCAGCAUCACACAGUUCCAAAUUGAAAGUGGCCAAACUUGUAGAUGGGUAUCUUCAAGAGAUUGCCAGGGACAAAAAUUUACCUCUGUCGAAAUUCAUUGCAGUAGCCGAGACAAUCCCGAGUUUCUCACGGCUCGUCCACGAUGAUGUUUACCGAGCUAUCGACAUUUAUCUCAAGGCACACCCUGACCUAAACAAGGGCGAAAGGAAAAAACUGUGCCGCGUUCUAGAUUGCAAAAAGCUCUCUGUCGAGGCCUGCAUGCACGCUGCACAAAACGAGAAACUUCCGCUUAGAGUAGUGGUACAAGUUCUCUUCUUCGACCAGGCUCGAGCUGCGACAACUGGGGGCAAACUGACCGAGCUCUCUGGCAACAUUAAGGCACUUUUAGCCGCUCAUAACAUUGAUCCAUCAAAGCCUCCGGGACCUUUAAGCACUACUACUAGCAUUCCAGCAGAUGACCAAUGGAGUAUCUCAGGCCUUAAAUCACCGAAGUCCAGAAUGUCAACGUUAAGGAUGAAGCUGGCCGAAGAUGACAAUUUGAACGAAAAUGACAUGAACACAGAUACAACGGGAAGACCUUCGAAGUUUAAAGGCUUCUGCGCACUACCUACGGGACCGAAAAAAAUGUUCAGUAAGUUAAUGUCCAUCAAUAGAAAUGGCAAUGAAAAGAGUUGAGGGUGAAAUUGUGUUCAUGUCCACGCUAGGGAUGGUAAUUGUAAGGGUAAAACACACUCUUUUUCUUGUCCUUUUUUUCGUUCUUUGAGCAAAUGUCAUGUAAGUUUAGCUGAGAAACAAAGAAUCUCAAUGUGCAUUGUUGUUGUAACCUAAUAUAAUAAGAAUGAAGAUUUCCAGGAGAUACUGGAAAUUUCUCUUUGGUGAA